GCAGCUGAACCAGAGGCAGGACUCACCUGAUGGACACAAAGAAGGACCACUUUGAAAUAUGACAGAGGAGAGCGAGGCUGUGGAGGAUGUUGGGGAAGUGGACACAUUUACCUUCAGCUCCAAAAGUUUUCAUGUUGAGUUUUCAGUAGCAGCAGCAGGUAGGAGUCAGCAGCACAGACAGUCAGCAGCAGCAUGUAGCAGGAAGUUUAGAAGAACGUGGAGUCGGCAGCUUCAGCUGAAUCAUGUCCAGGUGUCAGACAUGAUUUAUUGUUCAGAUCAGCUUAAUGCUUAAACUGUUAGAGCUUAUUUUAACCUGUACAGUCAGUUAUAUUAUAGACAUUGAUGAGUUGAUAAACAAAAUGUAUUUUUAAUUCUACAGAAUAAUAAAUAAUAUCUGUGAUCAUCAUCUGGGUUUUCACCUGUCCUGGCUGACAAAGCCAAUAAAGUGUGUUCAAAGUGAGACAGUGAGCUGAGAGCAUCACAUUUGACUUCAUGUACAGUUUAUAUUUUCACACAUUGAAACCAAACAUAAGUCCAGUAGUAAAACACUUUGACAGAUGUUACAUUUUCCAGUUAUUUCUGCUGCUGAGUCAAAUCAACAGCCAGCUUCCACAACAAGUGAAGGAGCUGUUGGACAGCUCUGUAGGUGAAACAUUAGUGAGCAGAACGUUUAAACUUCAGCUUUAAACUAAUUAUUCUUCUGUUAAUCUUUGACGUUAUCAUUUGUUCACCAGAUAUCAAGACAUUUAAAUUCAACUCUGUCCUUUAGCUUUGGCUUAUUUCUCACAUUGUCACAUUUUGUGUCCAUAAGAAUGAAAUGUGCCUCAGUUUAAUGGUUCAUUAUGAUUUGGGAUGUUGCUGAUAUGAAGAUGCACAGAGAAAGUUUUUACUGAGGAGGACCUGAACUUAUAUUUGAGCCGUAAAUCUCCGUUAGGUUCAGUGAAAUUCUUUUGUAGUGAUUGAAGGAAGCAGAGUAGAUCCAGGUUCACUAAAUGUGAAGCCCUUUCAGAAUAAAAGUCCAGGUUUAUUCAACACCCUGAUUAUAAAGGGUGUAAAGUUUUUGAUCACUACUCUGAACUAUGGACUCCUGAACUCAGUCACUGCCUGUGAUGCUUCAUAAAUCUAAUGUCCAGUGUAAACAAGUGAAACUGAAGUUUUAGUGGUAAAAUGUGAAAACAAAGUCAAUCUGAAUGUAAUGUAACAUUCAGUGAUGGAGGAUAAAAUGUUGUUUCAGGCUCCUGAUUCAGUAUCUCUGAUGGUUCACUGCCCUCUAGUGGGGAAGUUUAAGUGUGGCACAUUCAGGCUUCAUCACUGUGAGUGCUUCCUCCUCUGUCUGCUUUAAAGGGUCAGUUCACCCAAAUUACAAAAAGACACUUUCUCUCUUACCUUCAGUGGUGUGUAGCCACGCAGGUAGUUUUGUUCUGUUUCUCUGAACACUGUGAGGUUUGGAGGUUUCUUCAAAUGUUAGGUGACUUUUUAUUUGAUCCCAAUCUACAUGUUGGACAUCUCUGCACAGUUUCUCAAUCUGAACCACCUAAAUGAGCCAAAUUCUUUAAAAACCAUUGUGUGUCCUCAUCAGAUCCCACCAGUCUUCUUGAACUAUGUGUGUUAAACACAACUUUAGUAAAUGGUGGGUGUUGACUCGCACUCAGCACGUCAUGUAUGUUAAUAAGCUAAAGCGGAAGUACAUCUAGUGGUUUAAGAGCCUGAUAUCUGUCUUCUGCUCACUCACAACUGAGGAACGGCUUCUUUCAAGACGACGUCCGUCUUCAUUAGAGAUCAGAGGAGCAGAUAUGAGUUUAAGUGCAGCAGUGAGUGGAUUUGUCGUCUUCCUUCUCUCUGUGUCAGUGAUACAGGGUCAGGAUGACUGGGGAGUGACUUACAGCUCUACUGAGAUCUGUGCCUUAAAAGGAUCAACAGUGGACAUGAGCUGCACCUACAGAUACCCAUCAAGAAAACAUGGCCGUGAUUCUAAAGUUAAGGAAACAUUCUGGUUUACUAAACUGAGUGGAAAUCAGCCUGUUGAUCUGAGAACAGACUCAGAUUAUCAAGAUCGUGUUGAGUACAGUUGUUCUGCGAAGAGCUGCAGUCUGAGAAUCAGAGACCUGAGAGAGAGCGACUCAGCUGAGUACAAGUUCAGGUUCAUAACAAACCAACCAGAUUGGAGAUAUACUGGUUCACCUGGAGUCACUUUGAGGGUCACAGAUCUCCAGGUGAGCAGAUCCUCAUAUUCUAGCUGGAGAGACCUGAAGUGUCACAGCAGUUGUCGUCUACCUGAUCGUUCUUCCUACAUCUGGUACAGAAAUGGACAGAAAAUUCCAUCACAAACAUCUUCUACUUAUUCAGUCGACUUUAAUUAUGCAGCCAGUUAUUCCUGUGCUGUUGAAGGACAUGAGGAUUUCCCCUCUCCUCCAGUGUGUGUCAAUGAUCGACUCUGCAACAGAGUGAUUUACACUGACAGAAGCAUCUGUGCCUCCAAAGGCUCAUCAGUGGACAUUUCUUGCACUUACAGCAGUUACGACACCAUCACGUCCAAAUUCUGGUUCAGUCCUGAUCAUAGUUAUCAGUGGCAGAGUCCUUCACAGCCUGAGGACCUUAGUGAAGAUUCCCAGUUUGCAGGUCGUGUUCAGGUCCUUGAAUCAGAGAGAGGACGCUCCACUCUGAGAAUCACUGACCUGACAGAGAGUGAUUCAGCUCAGUAUCACUUUAAAUUCACAACAAGAUGGUUUGAGUGGAGGAGUAGUUUACCUGGUACAACUCUGACUGUCACAGCUCUGCAGGUGCAGGUGACCAGAAUAACAGUCCACCAGUCUGAUACUGAGGCAGAGCUGAAGUGUCACAGCAGCUGCAGUCCAGCUGCUCGUCUUUCCUACGUCUGGUUCAAGAACAGACAGAAAGUCACAGGGGUGGAGACAUCUUCUUUUAAAGGCCGGGUUUAUCCUGGAGACGUCAUCUCUUGUGCUUUGAAAGGACAUGAGAACUACGGCUCUCCUCCAGUCUAUGCUCCAAGACUUCCCUCUGUGUCAGUGAGUCCCUCUGCUGAGAUAGUGGAGGGCAGUUCAGUGACUCUGACCUGUAGCAGUGAUGCUAACCCAGCAGCUAAUUACACCUGGUACAAGGAGAAUGGAGAUCCAGACCUUCAACCUCUCAGUAAAGAUCCACAGCUUGUCUUCAGCUCCAUCCAGUCCUCUGACUCUGGAGAGUAUUACUGUACAGACGAGGACGAGCUGUGGGGGAGGACGUCUAAAUACAUCUCUAUUAAUGUCAAAUAUGCUCCAAGACUUCCCUCUGUGUCAGUGAGUCCCUCUGCUGAGAUAGUGGAGGGCAGUUCAGUGACUCUGACCUGUAGCAGUGAUGCUAACCCAGCAGCUAAUUACACCUGGUACAAGGAGAACCAAACACUGAUUCAAGGACCAGAAGGCUUCUAUCAUUUCUCCUCCAUCAGCUCUGAGGACAGAGGGAACUACUCCUGCAAGUCAGAGAAUCAGUAUGGAGAGAUCAACUCUUCAUCUCUUUUUAUAGACGUCCAGUAUGCUCCAAGACUUCCCUCUGUGUCAGUGAGUCCCUCUGCUGAGAUAGUGGAGGGCAGUUCAGUGACUCUGACCUGUAGCAGUGAUGCUAACCCAGCAGCUAAUUACACCUGGUACAAGGAGAAUGGAGACUCACCAAAAGCAUCAGGACAGAUCUUCACCAUCACUGACUUCAGAGCUGAACACAGUGGGAAUUAUUACUGUGAAGUCCAGAACAGAAGAGGAACAAACAAAACCAGCGUACAUCUGACUGUUCUGGCAGGAUCAUGGAAAUCAGUGGCUGCUGGAACAAUCACUGUCGUUCUCCUGGCUAUCAUAUCCCUCUCUGUCUUCCUGUGGAUCAGGAAAAAGAGGAAAAAGAGGGCUUCCAGGGAAUCUACUGAGGCUGAAGAGAGACCAGACAACAGGGAGCAGGGAGAGUCGGAGGAGCAGGACGACUUUCAUUACGCCAGCGUCCACUUCUCCAACAACCAGGCAGAUAAUCUGUACUCCAACAUCAGACCAGCUCAGCCUCGAAGACACGUGGAGCAACAGGAAGUCGAGUACGCUGCUGUCAGAUUUAACAGUGCCAGUACCGGCCCGAGAGCCAGAGGUCAGGGAGCUGCAGAGGAUUCAGCUGCGUUGUACAGCACCGUCAACAAAACCUGCUGACCUGCAUUUAUAGUCUGAUAUUUCUGUUCCUUCAUAACAUUUGUAUUAUAGCAGGAAUAUACAAUAGAGACAAUGAUAUAUCUUAGAGAAGCUCAGAACUUGACAUACACCAGUGUUCAGCUUAGUGGAAGAAUGUGUGAAGUAUUUUAUGACUUUAUUAUCCAGUUAAUUGUAAAUAUAACUUCUAAUGUGCUUUUUAGAACAACCUGAUAAAUGAAAGUUCAAUGUUCAGUGAACUUUUAUCUUUGAAUUAGUCUCUGACAACUGUUCUUCCUCCCAAAUCUCCCCUGCAGCCUCCAAAACACACCUGAAGUAGUUGUACAACAGGUGACGUGCUGCCUCUCAGGUGUUGGAGCUCAUGAUGCGGAUAAAAUACUUUGUGAGUUACUCUCAGACCAAACUGUAGGAGUCUAAGACCCAAUCUCAAUUAGAAGAGUCACGAUGUAACGACAUUGACAAUAAUCAUGAUAUUUAAAAAUGAAAUACUAAUAGCGUUAAUUAGAAACAUGAUAGCAGCUUAUAAAUAAUACAUCGCCUCUUUCCGUUUCUUUCCCUUCCCACUUUGUCGUGGUAGGUGAUGAUAACGCACCUUAAUGCUGGUUGAGUGUAAUUGUUGUUUUUGUACACAUCAGUACAGUCAUGGUCAGAGGCUCUCUCUCCACCUCCCUACACUCAUAUUUUGAGGGUGAUUAAUUUGCCAAAAAAGAGACAAAACACACAGUAAACAAAGUUAAAGAAGAAUUUGACUGAGCAUUAUUGUUUCCAUAUUCUCUAGAGAUAUUGUGAUAAUAUUGUUAUUUAGGCAAUGAUAAUUGUGUAGUUACAAUCCGAUAUUGUGACAGCUCUGAUCCCAAUACACCCUUUGCCCCGACCACUUAGCCCUGCCUCUGUUUUGUGUGUUCACAUCUACAGUAGUGUGUCCUGAGUGUUGUUGGGACAGAGGAGUACGACAAAGAUCUCUGCAAACUGAGCUUCUUUUUUCAGAGGAACACUUCAAACUGAGAGUUAUCAGAACUCUCUGCUGUUUCAAUGUAUUAUAGUCAUUUUCUUUAUAACCAGCUUUGAACAAUCACACCUAGAUCACUGAUGUCUCAGUACCUGGCUAAUGUUACAUCACUUUUUUUUUUUUUUUUGUUGGUAUAUAUUAUUUUUAAAGUUCGAAGUUCUUUGUUUUCUUGCAGCUCAGUCAACAGAAUAAAAUUUUUUCAUUUUACGUUUCUGCAAACUAUGAAUAUCCUUCAACUUGUGUCAUACGUACUACAUCGACAAUACGUGUCAUAUCAUGUUCAUAUUACCUGUUUACGAGCGGACUUUCAUAUCAUAAAGUGAAGUAUAAUGUGGUGAUGUUUCAGCAUUUGCAAGCUUGAAACCACUUCAUUUUUUAACGUUGGGACAUUUCCAAACAUGAUCUUUUACAAACCCUCACAAGUGUUCUUCUUGCCUAAACCUUAUCAGACCUCGAACACAGUGUUGCCACAUAAUAACAUUUUAAGUUGUACCUAAAGAAAACUAUUGUACAGAUGCAACAUAAAAAGGUUUCCGCAUAUUUGUGCGACUGGAUUGUUUUUCCUGACCUCUCAGUCUGACUCUUGCUUUUGUAACAUGGAGAUCAAUAAAGUAUCAUACUUACUGAAUUAAUUAACUGAUUGAUGAACAGUGCCAGAUUGAUUUGAUAUUUCAGACCAUGAUACAGCAUUAAACAUCUCUUGACAUAACGUCUUAGAUUGCACAGAUUAUUGAAACUGGGCUUCAGUGACUCACAACUUAAAACAAAUGUGGGUCAUGGGCAGAAAGAGGGACCACACACACACACACACAC